GGGGCGGGAGACGUGAUGCCCAGAUACACAAAAACGAGUCGUCGCUUGCAGGCUCGGCAGUUGAAGCAGACCCGCACGGAGCGUUUCAUCUUGGAUGAAAAGCUCGGCAAAGCGUACUCCGUUGAUGAGGUACUGAGGGUGUUUGACUGCGCAAUCGCGUGCAUCAACGACCUCCCGGAGGCAAGGCCUUCCAUGGGUCAAGUCCUACGCAUGCUGGAGGGCGUCGGACCCACUCCGCCAGUACCACCAGCCGCGCAGCCUUCCACUGUUUUUGGCACGAACACCGACGUCUCGAUGGUAAUCCCCAUGACCAUGACCGAGGGGAGGUGAUUGUUACAGGUGGAAAUAAGCGCCAACACUCGUAAGGAACGCCCCAGACGGGAAACUUACGUAGCCCGAAAAUGUCAACCAAACCAGUGCUUUUUCUUAUAGAUGUCGGCGAUUUUCUUGGCUCUUUGGUCUUGGGGACUGCCAAGACGGCAUAUUAGAUUUCGUGAGUACAGGUGGUUCACCUAUAAACGUAAGCUCAUGAAACAUGAGCACUUAAUGCGAGAGCAAAGUACCUGUGAAGUAGUGUGUCAAGUGAAGACGGUUGUCAAUUGUCAAAGUACGUAGUUAAACUCAGUCCUUCCGGCUUGAAACAUUGUGUCCCGAGCAGUCAGCUCGCUUCAAACUCUGUAUGUAAUUAGGGACUGUAAGUUAAAUAAGGACAUGCACACCCUUAGAAAAACGUCGCAAUUGUAAUUAUGCAUGACAGUG